GCUGAUUACUGCGCACGCCAGGGGUUAGGAUCGCUUGUUUUCUUUUUGUUUAAAAAUUUAAAAACUCGCGAAAUACAUAACAAAGGACUAAGUGACAAGCGACGAACUUGUGACUAUCGAAAAGUGUAAACAAACCUGGACCAGAGUUGUGAGUGUUUAUCUUAUCUAAGAGUGCAAAACAUUUCAGUUUCUGCUAAUUAGCUGUAAUCUUGGUGUCUCCUUUUUUUGCUGUACCUUAUUUCUCUCGUUUCCUCAAACAGUGAAUAAAUAAAGUUUUCAUAUCGUUAGGCACUCCGUCAUCGUCAAAUUGGGUCAGCUAUGCUCUGGCAAGUACAUUGACUCAGAGUAUAUAGAGAGUGUUAACUAUCGGCGGUAGAUUGUGUUUUAAUUGUGAGUCAUAAUGUGUCUCUGAAACAAAGCUGUCUGUACCAGUCAAUAUUAGUACGGACACAGAUGAGAUUCUACAAGCAUGGCAAAUACAGAGAGUGUGGGUGGAAUUCCUAUUGAGUGUUUGACUGGUCAACUGGCUGGUAUUUGGUCAGGAUGGACUGGUCUUGGAGACAGAGAGAUCGUACGGGAGGCCUCUGCCAAAGGCACACACAUAGAACUGGCUUGCAAGUUUUUAAAAACUCGUAGAAACUGUUCUCUGCAAGAGGCCAAAGCUUAUUUUUCUAACGAGGUUGAGAUAUGGGUAAAUGCUCUGCUCAGAAAGAAACAAAUUCACAGGGCAUCUCAUAUCUUAAACAAUAUAGGGAAAAUUCCCAUGGACUAUAUCCAUGCCAUUUGCUUGAAAUGUAAAGAGCCAGAAUUAAGAAGCUAUUUAGCAAAACAUGUAGAAUCAUGCUUUAAUGUGGAGGAAAAAGAGGCAUGGGACAUUGUCAAUUUAUUUGUUACCUAUGAAGAAAAAUUCAACCUUCAGAGUAAUUUAAUUUCACACAAGUGCCUUGAAGAGAUAAUAAACUUACCACAAAGUAUUAAAGAUGCGCUCUACACUGAGCUUUAUUUUUAUCACUAUGAACCAAACAUUGUUGCUUAUCUGAAAAGUGAAGUAGUUUGGGACUACUUAUUAGCAAAUAACCAAAUUGAGUUGAUAAAAUUUUGGAUUGAUAAAAAUUUCAAUAACUCAGAUAAUCUAACAAUCAAUAUUAGUGAGCACAGAAGUGAUAUUCAAUUAUUGUUAGCAAAUUUGAAGAUUACAGAUAGCAUGAUUUCAUCUAUAGACAUGUCAAAUGGAAUGUUGCUUGUCAAAAAUCUGAUUCUUAAUUAUUUGAGCAGAUAUGGCAUAUUCACAACUAAAGAGUCAUCAGACAUGAAAUUAAUCUUAGCUAGACUUUUUGGGGAUUGCAUAACUGCAUCUAACUUUCAACAAAUUUUGUCUAAAGAGUUUUGCAAUAUUGAUAAAAACAGUUUCUUUGCAAAGCUUGAUACUUUGGGUUUUUCAAGAAAUUAUCAAGAGAGUAGUAAUAUUCAUCAACUAGAUGAGAGAACUAAAAAGCUCUUUGAUUCUAUAAAAGAUCUAUGCAAUGCCAAAAGUAAUUACAAAGAGAGUCUAGAACGUGGAAUCGUGGAAACUAUACAUUAUUUAUCAAGUGAUAUCAAUCAGUUUUUGAAGCAUAGUUUUAUCAUUAGUUUUACAUUAAUAUUUCUUCAUUACUCAACUUGCAAGCAAUCUUCCAAUCAAGUAACACUGAGAGAAAUGUUUAUUGUUGAUUCUGAAUUAAAAACAAAUACGCUAAGCUUGACAAAGGAUAUUCUCGAGACUGUGAUAUUUCAUUUACCAUUAUUGAAAAACGAAAUUGAUUCUAAAAUGCCAAAAAACCAUAUCUCGAUGUAUGAACUGUUGGAUGGUUAUCAAAAGUUCAAUUCCACAAGCUUUUUCAAGUGGAGAAUAAAAAAUGAAAUAAUCCCGAGUUUUUUAAACGACGAUCUGGUGAAAAAGUACGGUCAUAAAGAAAAAUUAAGUUAUAUUAAUUAUUUGAAAGAAGCACGACCAAACAUGGCAGCGAAUAUUCUUAGAUUCGAGCAAGAAAAAAUAGCUGAUGGUAUUUCAUCAAAAGCGAAAUCUCAAGCUUCACUUUGUGCGCACGUUUUCGCAUUACGCCAUUCGAAGAAUUCAGAGAUCGUUAGUGGUUGCAUUUCAUUUUUGGAAAUUGUUGGCGUAAGUUCUGAAGGUCUAAGACUUCAUAUAACUGCAGCUCGAAUCAUUCGUCAAGAACUAAAUGUUUCGAUAGAAAGUUCGUUGGAGUCGAUCAUUUUUAACAACCAACAAGAGCUGAAAAUGGUAUUAAAUUAUCUUGAAAGAAGCUUUCAUCGGCGCUUAACUGCCAAAAUGAUCGACGAUAACGAAGAGUUCAUUCAAGCUAUUUGUGCCUGGGAUAUUAUUGUGAAAUUCGCGCGAACGCAUAAUACAAUGCUACCUAUUUCAUUGCUCAAAUUUUUGGCAACUAACGAUGCUUGGUUUGAGUUUGCUUUAGUGGGCCAUAUUUUUUCUUAUCCGGUCAAUCAGAUUACAGAAUGUGUGCAACACUUUAGCAGUCCCAGUUUAAAAGAGCAUUUACUCUUAUCACUGAAUAAUCCUCAUAUUUUAAGACAUAGUUCUUUUAUUGAAAAUAAAAAGCCGAAUAGUGAAAGAAACAAAGAAAAAUAUCGACGAACAUCAAGCCGCGAUUUAGAACUCAAAUUAGAUGUAAACCAGCCAAUUCAAGUAGAAAUCUCAAAUAAAGUAGAACCGGUUCCCAAGCACACCGAUACUACCGAGAGUAUGAGUGCCAUAUUCGACACUUCCAUGUUCGUCGAUGAUUUAUGGUUGAUUAUUUUGAAAUGCCAUCAGAGCCAAGAUCCUCCCGGUAGUUUACUCAAAGCAUCUCGAAUUUUUAAAUCUCCAAUUCUCACUGUUUUAGCUACUUGCUAUGAGCCGUCCUCGACAUCUUCUUACUGCUACUCGUGGCUAGUAAUUACAGUGGAAAAUGCGCGUUUUGUAAAAGACUACGAAAAAUACUUAGAAAGUCAAAUUUGGACUGCGAGCACUGUUUUAAAUUUGUUUCAUCAUAUGGUUUCGAACGGAUUCGUUAAUACUCUUUAUCAGGGAAUGCAAAUAUUUAUACCCGAAAAUCCUCUUAAGUUGUUUGUUGAGUUUCUUGUGCAAUACAUAGACUGUGGCAAUUUCAACGAUUGUCAACAACAUUUAACUGAUUUCAUAACUGUUUGUUCAAACUAUAAAUGCAAUAAACUAAUCAAUUGGGAAUGCAGUGAUGCGACAUAUUUGGAGAACGUUUAUUGGAUACAGACAGUAGUUGUAAAAUGCAUUAUAGUAGUUCUUGGAAAUGCAUUAAACAGUACCAGCGCGCGAAUUAAGUUACUCGAAGUUUUAAUCAAAUCUGAUUUUCACAAAAAAUUAAUAGUCGAUACUCCUAAUUUUGAAGCUUUACUCGAAUAUAUAAAAAUACUCUCUAAAACGCCGGUGAAUUUGAAUUAUUUCUGUUUUGACACAACUGUAAAAAUACAUGAAUCUGAGGCAGAAAUCGAAAAGUGUGUCAAUGAACUGAUCAAUUUGGAGGAUUAUACUAAUGCUCUUUGUCUUUCAAAAGUUGCCAAUCUCAAAGCUUCGAAAGUUAUUCUUGCUCAAUACCGAAGCGAAUUUAAACGAAAUGCCGAUAAAGACGGUAUGGUCGACUGUCGUUUUUGGAGUCGCUGCGCUUCCGAUUUCAAGAAAAACGAAGUUUGUUACGAAAAAGCUGCUGAAUUUUUUGUAGAGCAUGCGGAAAAAGUCAAGUCAUUUAAAGACCGGUACGAAAUUUUAAAGCUGGCUUUAGAGAUUCUUGAACAACACUCGAGAGAACGUCAAUUAUGUGAUAAAGUUGAAAUGGCAAUGUGGAAAUCAUGCAUCUUAGCCGGUCCUAAGAACAUUGAAAUUAAGUCUCAAGACAGUGUUUAUAAAAAAUUAAAGACUGAACUUUUGUCCAGCAUUAGUGGAUUGCAAGUUAUUUGCUCUCUUGAAGAGCCUGAUGAGAAGGUAGCCGUAGAAGUUUUGAUUGGCCGUUUAUUAGAUGCUGGCAGGUUAGAUACUGCACUUAGGAUAUGUGCGAUUUUUAAUUAUAGAAAUAAAGAACUUCAAAUCUUGAUGCUGUGCUUAAGUCUAGCUGAGGGUGAGAUUUCACCAUAUCAGCUAAGCACUCAACAGAGAAUUUUAGUUUCCGAAUUGAAACCGAGGCAGAGAAACAACACUUUGCGUAGUAAAGGAGUGCAGCAUUUACCAUCGUCGUCAUCACUCAAUUUGUCUCCUCUAAGCAUAAAUUCGAGUAAUACUUCUGAAGCGGAAAACGCGACGAUGAUCCUCGAGCAACAAGAACAAUGGGACCGCUUGUCACUUCUAACAACUCUAAUCGAGAAUCUCGAACACGGUAUCGAUAUUGGUGUCAGAGUGCUGUUGUGCUACAGACUUGCGGUCCAGUUAGGCAAGACUUAUCAAGCUCUUCUAACUCUCAGUAAGCCCGUACAGCUGUUGCAAGAGGUAAUUAGUAGUCCAAAUGAUAGGAAAUUGGAAAUUGCUCGAGAUAUCAUUACCGCGUAUCAGAUUACAAAUCAGAGGAUAGCCCACUUUUUGGCAGAAGAAAUUGUUGCUCACAUUACGCAAGUGAUUGAAGAUGGUCUGAAUGAACCAACAGCUGCUGGCAAUUAUAAUAUGCAUUUACAGUCUGUGAUAGAACUUUGCAAAGAUACGUCUCUUUUAGGAUUAAAACUAUUAGAUAUGGCUCACAAAUUACUUGGACAUUCCUAUGGAGAGAAACGAAAUCUCGUUACAUUGAAAAUCAUUGUCGAGCUUUUAAUUAGAUCGCACGACUGCUUCACGGCUUCCUGUAACAUGGAAGGAAUAGCUUCCGUUCUUCGAAAAUGCCAGCAAUUAGCGAAUUCUCUGCAAAAUUUAAAACACUGGAGUUUGUUGGUCCGUUUAGUUACUGGAGUUGGUCGUUUUACAGAAAUGAAUUAUAUUUUUCAAAUAUUGAAAGAGCACGAUCAAUUUGAGUUUUUACUUGGUAAAGGAUUGGAUAAGGUUCCUGGAUUAAGAAUGGCUCUUUUAGACUUUCUCAAACGACAUUGUUCAGAGAACAAGGACUUGUUCAACAUCGUAGCUUUGCAUUUUCAAUUGUACUAUGAAAUUGCUCUCGUGUGGGAGAACGAGGCUAAAGAAGUUAUAAACGAGCUUAUAAUCGAGGCAAAAAAAGAAUGCAUCAAAAAUCUAUCCAACCCUCAAGCCGAAAUAAAGCUUACGAGGAACGAAUCGACGGAGAAAAGGUUACAAUUAGUAAUCGCGAAUCUCACUCAUGCAACACAAUAUUUCUUGCAGGAUAAUAAACUGAAUUUAGCAAAUCGUUGUUCUCAUCAAGCGCAACUCGUUGCCCUCCAAAUCUCCUUGCUUACCUCUGCUUCUCAGAACCAGCAAUUUCCGAGUAUUUUGAACCUGAACAGCGACGAAAUCAAUAAAGCCAUCUGUCGCCAUCUAAGCUUUUCACAAGCUCUGAUUUUAGCUCGAGCUUACGAUCAUCAUGUCGAUUGGGCAAGUGCGAUCUACUCGCACUGCUUACUCAAAGGCGAAGCAAAAUAUUUGAAAGAUUUUAUAACAUCUAAACGUCUUACAGCUUCGGUGGCAAUCGACUGUGCGAAAAGAUACAAGCUUGAGAAGAAUAUCAACAGAAAUAUGACCGAGAAUAUGCAAUUCCUCGUUGCCAAACUCAACGAUAACGAAUGUAAAUACGUGUUGGCAAGUCAAUUGGGUUUCCGAAACAUUAUCGAAGAGAUGUUAAACGAUCCGGCUAUAGGAGCAUAUUUAAAGGAUACCGUUUUCCGAAAGAGAUACGUCACGUCUGAAUUUGUGGGCGAGAGUUUUCUUGCCAAAGGAUGAAAUUCGUAAUUUUGCUUAGAGAUGAUGAGUAGUUUUUUUAUUGUAUAUUUUAUUUUUUGUACGAAAUUUUAAUAACGUGAUAUAGUUUAUGUAGAUUUGAUAAUUCAUUUAUAUUUUUAUUAUUAUUAUUAUUAUUAUUUAUACGAUGAAUUAGAUUAAUACAUUAGUCUCGAUUUAUUGGUAAAUCAAUUAUUUCGUUACUCAAUACCACGGUUUGUAAACGCACACUAAUUUGCAUAAUUAUAUGUGAUAAUUUUUCUAAAGUUUGCUUAUUAUAAAAAUUAAAACAUACAAUAACGUAAUUAAUUUAAUAAAUAUACAAUUGUUAUCUCUAUAAGAUUAAAAAAUUGUUUGAAAGAAACCAUUAAAUAUGAAAAAUUUUGAUUGUAACUUUGGUUUCGAUUCGAACAUAUAAAUAACGAAAUACUCAGAUGAAUGAAGAUGACCGUGUAAUUGAUAUAUAAUUCCGUGAUUUGUGAAAAUUGAUGAAUAUUUAGAAUGCACUUUUUAUACUGCGAAGAAAGGUGAGAAACAACAGUAUUUUUCUUAUGAAUGUUUAUCGUACUACUUAAUGAUAAAACUGUUGUGUAAAUAUGA